CACUGCCCCCUACCGUGAGUGCGCCACAUCGACGUCACAAUGUUUGCAGCAGUGGCGCAAAACAAGCCUGCUUUACGGCAGCUGAGAGGUCGUUCGUGAACUGUGGGCCUGGGGAAGGGUAAAGUGACUUGAACCGAACGUUCCAAGAAUCAUGCCGUUCCUUGACCUCCAGUCAAGGCUGGGUAUUAAUCUGGACCAGUGGCUCCUGGCUCAGAGCGGGGAGCAGCCACAGAAGCGGGUCGCUCGCUGCCAUGCCUUUGAGAAGGAGUGGAUAGAGUGCGCCCACGGCAUCGGCCAGACCCGGGCCAAGAGUGAAUGCAAACUAGAGCUGGAAGACUUCUACGAGUGCAUGCACCGCCGAAAGACUCAACAGCGCUUAUAUGAGGUGCGUAAGCAGAGGGAGAAGAUGAUUAAAGAGGGAACUUACACGCCCCAACCACACAACAAAACCAUCAACAAAGCCAUACCCUUAAACAAGCAACCCCAGACUAACACUCUCAACACAGUCAUACUGUUGUACAGUUGCUUCCUCACUUAUGUAUUGUAAUAUUAUUACUGUAUCAACAUUGUUUAAUGUCCGUGAAAUAAAUAUAAUGAUUCCACUUA